AUGAGUGUUCUUUCAUGUCAUUCCUGCCCCUACGUCCAAGGCAGCGAUGUCACUUUGACCUUGACCAACACUCAGGUGGUCGGGGCCAAGAUCCUAGAUGUCAAAGCAAGGACGCUAUCAUGCGUAAUGACCGUACUGCUCACUUCGAGUUCGGAAGUCUACAUUCUCAAGCUCUAUGACCGGCGCUUCUCGGAACAACUACGAAGAGACGAAAACGCGGCAGUAUGGGACUCGCAGCUGGACCGUCGGUACCGUGAUUUUGUACGUGCUGGUCAUUCGUCAAGACUGUUCGAACUUUGGUCUGCCGCAUUCCGUGAAGACCAAUACUACGAAGACGAGCAGCGGGACCGUUGGGAUGAGGCGAUCUUUGAAACAUAUCUUCAAUUUCUUUGCCAACAAGCAUAUGAAAUGGAGACGCAUGCGUACAACCUUCUGCAUGACUUACAGGGAAUUUGCAUACCGAUGCUGUACGAAAGUGUGACCCUGCCCGAGGAAAGUCAGGACACGGACAACCAUAGAUCGAACACUUAUCUACGGUGUCCUGGACUUAUUUUGCAAUAUAUAAAAGGUUUUCCACUCACAGAUCUUGCGACGGAAUUGCAAUGCGAGCGCUGGCAAGAAACAUGCGAGAAGGCCAUCAAAAUUAUCCAUCAAGUCGGGGACCACGGUGUUUGCAACAAAGACGUGAAAACGAGAAGCUUCAUCGUCCAAAUUCAUCCUGGUCGAGAUCUUAAUGAGAUUUUCAUGAUUGACUUCGGAUUUUGCGUAUUUAGAGACAGUGCGAAGAGCGAUUGUGAGUUUCGAGAAUGGCAGGCAGAUCAAGAUGAGGAAGGUGCAAUCGGAUGUGUAAUGGAACGUUUAUUGAAUGGCGGAUACAAGUACCAGCGCUCAGAUAGGGGGUCACAACUACUACGCGAGUUCAAGAGUGAACAUUAA